AUGAGUGUUCAUGAUGAUGUUAUUCCACUAGAAGUUAGUGGUGAUUCAGAGGAGCCCAAUCCUAAUGAAAUUGCAGAGGUUAUGAAUAUGGACAUUUUGGCAGAGGAGGAGGAGGAAAUUAACCGAAUUAUUUGUGUUUGUGCUUCUAUUAUUGAACUAUACUAUGAAAAAUAUAUUCAUAAAAUUCCAUGUAUGGAUUCUUCCUACACUGGCAACAUUUGGUUGAUGAAAUUGUUGGAAGGGAAUGAGAGUCGUUGUCAUAACAUGUUUCGCAUGAAUAAAGAUGUAUUUAUGAGAUUGUGUAAUGAUUUAGAGAAUAUUUAUAAGCUGAAGGGUUCUCGGAGAAUUUGUAUUGCCGAGAAGUUGGGAAUGUUUUUAUAUACUUUAGGAGAAGGUGCAGGAAAUAGGAAUGUACAAGAGCGGUUCCAACAUUCUGGCGAGACUGUUAGCAGAUAUUUUAGUGAAUUGCUGGAUGUGAUUUGUGUUAUGGCAACAGAACUCAUAAAACCUCUUGAUCCUGAGUUCAAGAAUACUCCAGCAGAAAUAUUGGGAGAUUCUAGAUACAUGCCUCAUUUCAAGGAUUGUAUUGGAGCUAUAGAUGACAUACAUGUUCAAGCCAAAAUAUCACCUUCUGAGCAAGUACCAUAUAUUGGUCGAAAAGGGAUACCUACUCAGAAUAUAAUGGCUGUAUGCAACUUUGACAUGCAAUUCACUUUUGCAUGUGCGGGAUGGGAAGGCACUGCUCACGAUGCAAGGGUAUUUCAAUCAGCAGUUCAAAAUCCAACCUCGAAUUUUCCUAAACCUCCAAAUGGUAAUUGUGUUUAA